AUGUUGAGAUGGUCACAGGAAGACCCAGUACGGGGAAAGAGCUUUUCAGCUGGACUCCAUCUGAGUGGAGACUUGAUAUUUCAACACUUCCACAUGUCGGAGCCAAUAGAACAGAAGCAACGGAUACUUCCAGAGCAGCUGAUACAUCAACAGUUUUCUUGGUCCAUAGCACGAGCCACGGAGGUUCCUCUAAAGGGCCUGCAGAUCUCUCUCUUGGUCUCGGUUACUACACUGGGAUCAACAGUUGGAAAGAAGGGGACCACAGCUGGACCGUCCACCAAGGUGGACGCGCCAAAGAUGAUCCAGACAACAGCACUCACCAGCACGAAGCCAGUAACGACAACCAGAGGUGGCCCGACUUCAAAACAGCUGGUGUCGACACGGAGAGCUUCGACAGUUGGCCAGACUGCCGAGAGAGACAACUUCACUGUGAGCAAACAAACACUGGACCUCAACAAGAUGCUGUCUUCCUAUGAGAGUUUCCUUCAAGCAAACGUUCUCCGUUUCUUGAGUGGUUCUGUGCUGGUGCAGGGUGAGGCCAUGUUCCAAGAAGGCCGUGUCCCCACACCCUCAGACAUGAUCCGUACGAUAGUUACAGCAAUAGAGAAAAGGGAAAUGGACACCUUCUUUGACUGGCGAAUGGAUCUGAAGUCCGUCCGUUCCAACGAGUUCAGCUUGAAGAACUUGGAACCAGAGGUGCUGUCUAUAUCCUUCACUGUUCUAGGACGGGGGACUAUUGCAACGUUUGGUGGCUUGACCGAAUGGGGACCUUUGGAAAGGCUGAGAAAUGAGGUGGUCCUGUCACUGAGCGUUCGGUACCGAGUGCAGAACUUCUCACUUGCUCAAGUCAGAAACGUCCAAGGUGAUCUGGAUAUAAACGGAGAGAUGUACGUGAACACAGAGGCUCACGUGGACAUUGGUUGGGCUCUGGAAGCAUUGAAGGGGCUUGCCAACUACUCGGUAGAUCUCGGAUCCAUCUGCAUCAAUGGUUCAAAGUUGAGUCUGCAGAUCUUUCAGUUUUCCUUCUUGGUAACCAACCGAAUCUUCAGUGAAAAGCUACUAGAUCGUUCUUCUAUGGCUCACCAGAGACUCUCCUGGGAUCUCUCAAAGGCGCUGACGCAUAUGCUGGGGCAGUACCAAAAUCUCCUGCAAGUGACCAUCCGUGAGAUGCGAAGUGGAUCUUUAAUAUGUCAGGGUGACGUGAUAUUCCAGCCUCCUGCUCCAACGAACAAAGAUGUUGUGCAUACGCUGGCACUCUCGGUAGGCCCGAAGAAUUAUCUGGGUGCGUCGAACAUUCAAGUAGAUCCCUUCUCCUUCAUGGUAGCAGGUGCGAAACUGGAGCCUCCGUACACCAAUCCGAGUAUUCCUAGCUAUGGGAUAGUUUUAAUUUUCUUGGGCUGCUUGGCACUUGUUGUUAUGCCUUUCUGUGUCCUGAUGUACAAUAAGCUUAGAUGGAGGGGCAAGAUAGUACUGUGCCGAGCCCAUGAUCCCGAAGUGAUGGUGGAGACGUUUGAACUGGACAACGCAGGAUUCCGUUCCCUUACAGAGGACAACAGUACCCAAUCUCAUUCGCCUACCGAAGCACUUGGCUAGAGAGCCACUGUUUACCAUGAAGUUGCCUUUAACCAUCUGAAGGCCUCUGGGAACAAGAGAGCUGCUGUUUUGAGAUGCAGAAUUUCUGGCGAAGCAAGGAAGCAUUUACCGGGGAGCCGAGGAUGAUGGACCAUAUUGCUGGUCUUGAAGCACAACUCACUUUUUGUAUUGUAACCGUCUGAAUAAAGCUGGAGCAACCUAGAAGUACCUAACAGCAAAGAUAAAAUGGCUUCCCUUUCUAAAAUGCCGCAGCUUGCACCUGGGCAUCUUAAAUUAGAAACAAAGGUUUUAUUGCUUGGGAAGGUGAGUGCAAGGAGGCGGCAGCUGCUUUUUGUCUGUAUCUAGGGAGGGAAAAGAAUCUCCAGAUGUGGAACAUGAUAGGUCUCUCGUUUGUUUCUGUUUUUUUA